AUGAGCAGCGGAAAGACCUCGAAAUUCAAAAUCAAAUCGUUUUCCAAUUCAGAUAUCUCCAACCCAGGACCUGACUCGUUUCCACGCCAUGAUCUGAACGUCCAUACUUUGCCAUCGUCAGACCGCCAAUUUUCUUCUUCUUCUGGAGAUAAUGAUGGCAACUAUUGCGAUGCUGCGUAUUUCAGUGACGCUGCCCCAGACUCAAAAAACGUCAGGAAUAUUCGCGCCAACAGUGGUAAAUUAUCUAAAGGGUCGGUGAAAUCAACCGCCUCCAAAGGUAGUAGUGACGAUGUCGAAGAAGUUGUCGGAAUCCAUUCCCUCAGCUCCAAAUUUAAAACCUUGCUAUUCAAAUCAUCGUCGUUGGAAAGUAAUCCUCCUCCUACAUCGACGACCCAUUCUUCGAACCCUAAUUCCGCGGGAUCUGUUAAUAACCGCUCAGGGUCAUCGGUCGUCAAUGGUAGUACAAGAUUAGCUCCGGCAAAAAUAGACGAAGAAGACCAUGAAGAUGAGAAAGAGCAUCCUCAUAAUAAAUCCCCAAUUGCCCAGUACGGUCAUUUAUUGAUUUACCCAAACAAUGAGCACGAACAUCGGCUUAAGAAACCUAAAUUGGAUAAAUCUGGAGUGAAUAUCUUACCAGGAGCCCAAUUAUUGUCAGGAUUACUCAAAGUGGAAACAAAAAAAGCCGAUGAUGGGUCAGUUAGCAUUUUUUCAGAAACUAAAGGAUUGAAAUUGUUGCAAGAAUUGAAGAGCCAAAAAAUGCAAACCCCGGCCCUGUUUAUUCCUAAAAAGAAUCAUAGACUACGAAAUGACGAUGACGAUGAUGACGAAUCUGAUGAAGAUUCGGAGCCAGAAGUUACUGACCCAGCAAUCGAUAAACCCCAACUAGAAUUGAUCAACAAGUUGGUGGAACUCACCAAAGAAUCGAAAUUUCUCAAACAUAGUGCUCCAAAAAAGGACGAUAUCACCAUGAGCUCGGCAUAUGGGAUACCCCAAGGAAUUUGUGGCAAAGGAUCGUACGGGAUUGUGAAAAUUGUUUCGAAGAUCGACCAGAAAACCAAAACCGAGAAAUUCUACGCCGUCAAAGAACUAAAGAAGAAAUCUGGAGAAGAUGCCGACCAUUUUUCUCGAAGAUUGAUUUCCGAAUUCAUCAUUUCUUUAUCAUUGAACCACGUGAAUAUCGUGAGAAUUUACGAUUUAAUGAGAAAUUCUAAAGGAGUUUAUUCUGAAGUGUUAGAGUUUUGUGAUGCUGGAGAUCUUUAUUCGAUCAUUUCGGAAACCAAAGGUGAAGGAUUACACUAUACGGAGGCCGAUUGUUUAUUUAGCCAAAUUCUUUGCGGGGUGAUCUUCAUGCAUUCCAAAGGUAUUGCUCACUGUGAUUUAAAACCAGAAAAUGUUUUACUUACCAGGAAUGGCGGUUGUAAAAUCACCGAUUUUGGUACCAGCUCAGUGUUCAAGACCGCAUGGGAAGAUGAUAUUCAUUUGAACCAUGGGGUAUGUGGGUCCGAACCGUACGUUGCUCCUGAAGAAUUCACCCAAAAGUACUAUGAUCCUCGUCUUGCUGAUGUGUGGGCCCUUGGGGUGAUUUAUAUGGUGAUGCGAGUGGGGACAUAUGUUUGGCAAGUAGCCAAAAAGGACCAAGACGAAUUAUAUGAUAAAUACCUCAAACGCCGGCCGUACGAAGAUGAAGAUGGAUACUUGACCAAGGGGAAAUUCGAUGCCAUUGAACGGUUGAAGAAUGAUGGGGUGUCCAAAAGUAUUGCCAAGUGUAAACGGGAUACCAUUUAUGAUAUCCUUGAGCCGGACCCUGAAGAAAGAAUGACGACACUUGAUAUUUAUGAGACCAAAUGGAUUAAAAGUUUGAAAGGGUGUCGUCGUCUUCGGGCUUGA